AUGAACUUGCCGUGGGCUUGCCUGCGCUCCUCCAUCCGCACACUGACGCGCCCUCGACGUGCUGCGCCGGGCACGCUUCAGAUACAAAGCAGGAAUGUGUCGCAUUACAACGUGGAUGUUGCAGGUCUGACGGCGGAACAAGCCGAGUUCAGGGAUGCAGUGGCAGAGUUUGCACAGCGCGAGGUUGCCCCGCGGGCUGCUGAAAUCGACAGGAGUAAUAAUUUCCCGUCUGAUCUCUGGGAGAAGCUGGGCUCUAUGGGUCUGCUUGGGAUCACGGUGUCGCCCCAGUAUGGCGGUCUCUCUCUAGGCUACUUCAACCACACGCUCGCGAUGGAGGAGCUCUCACGGGCGUCGGGGUCGGUAGCCUUGUCGUACGGCGCACAUUCGAACCUUUGCGUGAAUCAGAUUCACCGAUGGGGCACCGACGCGCAGAAGGAGAAGUACCUCCCCGACCUCAUCGCAGGGAAGAAAGUCGGCAGCCUCGCGAUGAGCGAGCCUGGGAGCGGGAGCGACGUGGUCAGCAUGAAGCUGCGCGCUGAGAAGGUCGAUGGCGGAUACAAGUUGAACGGGAAUAAGUUCUGGAUCACGAAUGGGCCCACCGCGUCAACGCUCGUGGUCUACGCAAAGACGUCGCCGGACAAGGGCUCGCGCGGGAUUACCGCGUUCAUCAUCGAGAGCGGCUUCGCGGGGUUCUCGACGCACCAGAAGCUGGACAAGCUGGGCAUGCGCGGGAGCGACACGUGCGAGCUCGUCUUUGAGGACUGCUUUGUGCCCGAGGAAAGUGUGCUCGGCCCUGUCGACGGUGGCGCGAAGGUGCUCAUGUCCGGGCUGGACCUGGAGCGAUUGGUCCUCAGUGGCGGCCCGCUCGGUCUGAUGCAAGCGGCAUUUGACUACGCGGUGGAGUAUGUCCACGAGCGCAAGCAGUUUGGCCAGCCAGUGGGGACGUUCCAGCUGAUGCAAGCCAAAAUCGCGGACAUGUACACAAAGCUCAACGCGUCGCGGUCAUAUGUGUACGCCGUUGCCAAGGCGUGCGACGCAGGGAAGGUCAGCCGGCGGGACUGUGCGGGUGCGAUCCUUUAUUCGUCUGACCGCGCUGUCGAGGUCACCAUCGACGCGAUGCAAUGUCUAGGUGGCAAUGGGUAUACUAAUGAGUACCCCAUUGGCCGGUUCCUGCGGGACGCGCGCUUGUAUUGCGUCGGUGCGGGAACGCAGGAGAUCCGGCGGAUGCUCAUUGGGCGCGAGUUUAACGAUGAGUUCAAGCGCCGUUCUUCUUGA